CAUGUCCCGCGGCGCCGUGAGCGCAGCCCGGCCGUAGCGGGACCGCGGUCGCCUCCGGAGCGCGGUGCCCGCCGUCGCCAUGCGCUUAGCUGCGCUGCUGGCGGCGCUGCGGCCCGCGCUGCCGCUCGUGCUCGGCCUGUCCCUGGGCUGCAGCCUCAGCUUGCUGCGCGCCUCCUGGAGCCAGGGCGGCGGCGAGGAGUUGUGCCUGGGGGCGGCGGGCCGGGCCGAGCUCCGCAGCGGGGUGCGGCACGAGGCGGCUGAGGCCGGGCCGGGCCCGGGCCACGAGGACUUCCGGCCUCGGAUCGUGCCGUACUACCGGGACCCCAACAAGCCUUACAAGAAGGUGCUCAGAACUCGCUACAUCCAGACAGAGCUGGGAUUCCACGAGAGGCUAUUUGUGGCAGUGCUGACUUCCAGGGCUACCCUGAAUACACUGGCAGUGGCUGUGAACAAGACCAUAGCUCAUCACUUCUCACGCUUGCUGUACUUCACAGGGCUGCGCAGUGCCAAGGUGCCUCAUGGCAUGGUGCUGGUGGCCCACGGGGAUGAGCGACCCAUCUGGCUGAUGUAUGAGACCAUGUACUAUAUCCACCAGCACUUUGGUUCUGACUAUGACUGGUUCUACAUCAUGCAGGAUGACACCUAUACCCAGGCUGAACAAGUCAAAGCUCUGGUGACGCAUCUCAGUAUUAACCAAGAUGUCUACCUGGGACGAGCAGAGGAGUUCAUUGGGGGAGAUGAGCAGGCUCGCUAUUGCCAUGGUGGCUUUGGCUACCUGCUGUCCCGCAGCCUGCUGCUGAAACUUCACCCGCACCUGGACAGCUGCCGCAACGAGAUCCUCAGUGUGCGCCCAGAUGAAUGGCUGGGACGUUGCAUCAUUGAUUUCCUUGGCAUCACUUGUGUGUCCCAGCUCCAGGGUCAGUAUUACCAUACAUAUGAACUGGCUAAAAAUGCUGAUCCAGAGAAGGAGGAGGAAGAAGAGUUCCAAGCAGCUAUUGCCGUGCACCCUGUUUCUGACAUGAGCCUGAUGUACCGGCUGCACAAGCACUUCAGCAGGAUCCAGCUGGAGAGAGCCUACCAGGAGAUCCAGGAACUGCAGAUGCAGAUCAGGAAUCUGACAUCGCUGACUCCUGCAGGCGAGGCAAGUUUGACGUGGCCUGUGGGGAUUAAUUCUCCAUUUCUUCCAAAGUCACGUUUUGAGGUAAUCAGCUGGGACUACUUCACUGAGCAGCACCUCUUCUCCUGCCUUGAUGGCUCCCCCAAGUGCGAGCUCUCUGGAGCCAGCAAAGCAGAUGUCAGUGACAUUAUUGAGUCAGCACUUGAGCAACUUAACAGCCGCUACCAGCCCUUGCUCCGGUUCAGCAAGCGGCAGUUGCUGAAUGGCUACCGGCGCUUUGACCCCACCCGAGGAAUGGAAUACACGCUGGACCUGCUGCUGGAGGCAGUAACCCAGAAGGGCCACAGUCAUGUUCUAGUUAAACGAGUGAGCUUAGUGCGGCCCUUAAGUAAGGUAGAAAUUAUUCCCAUGCCGUAUGUAACAGAGGCCACGCGUGUGCAACUGGUGCUUCCAUUGACGGUACAGGACUUGGAUUUUGUGUCAAACUUCCUGGACAUGUAUGCUAUGAACACACUGGACACACAUGAUAAUGCCUUGUUGACUUUACUUUUCAUCUACCAUCCGUAUGAUGCCCAGCGAGUCAGCCAGGUAGAUGUAUUUGCUGGAGUCAAGGCCAUGGUAGGAGAGCUGGAGAAACGCUAUGCAGAAGUUAAAAUCCCCUGGAUUAGUGUCAAAACUGAGGUGCCGUCACAAGUGAAACUCAUGGAUAUAGUCUCAAAGAAGCACCCCGUGGACACCUUGUUCUUCUUGGCCAGUGUCUGGACAGAAAUCAAUAUGGAGUUCCUGAACCGCUGCCGCAUGAAUACAAUCAGCAAUUGGCAGGUCUUUUUCCCAGUGCACUUUCAAGAGUUCAACCCUGCACUGGUAUACCGUAGUGAGCAGACUGCUUCGUCCAGCACUGACUUCCUGAAGGAUGGACAUUUUGACAGACAUUCCUUUGCUGAGGCCUGCUUUUAUAACUCUGACUAUAUGACAGCACGUACCAAGCUAGCAGCUGAUAUCCUAGAUCGAGAUGAAGUGCUGGAGAGCAUGGAGGUAUUUGAUGUCUUCCUCCAUUAUUCUGGUUUGCACUUAUUUCGGGCUGUGGAGCCUGGGUUAGUGCAGAAAUAUGCACUGAGGAGCUGCAACCCCCGGCUCAGUGAGGAGUUGUACCACCGCUGUGUCCUCAGUAACUUGGAAGGGCUUGCAUCCCGCUCACAUUUAGCCAUGGCACUAUUUGAGCAGGAACAGGCCAACAGUACUUGAGAGACUGGAAACAUCAGGAGCUGAGCUGCACCUUAACACUUGGCACUUUCCAUCCCCUUCCGAACCUGGCCGUAGUUGAAGGGCAUGUGAGGUCAAGGGAGGAGAAAGGCUUUCCCAGCUUUGCUCUGCAGCGCAAGCAGGAGCUGUGGAAAGGCUGUUUUUGUGGAGUUUUACUUUUUUGCUUUUAUGUGGGUUGGGGUUGGUUUGAUUUUUGUUGAUUGCUUUUUUUUGUUUGUUUGUUUGUUUUUUAAACAAAUAGAUCUCUUUUCAAGCAGACUGAUGUGAUUACUUGUAAACUUUAUAGGUUCUGGGAUGAGGGGUGUAAGAAGAGCUUUUCAGGUCAUCUUUCUUUGAGCCAUGCAAUUCUGGUGAGUGGUGUUGAGACAGAAUAUGAGGUACUUUUUGGAACAAGAUUAUGUUGGCCUUGCCACCCUCAAUGCUGUCAUUGCACCACCUCGUUUUUCUCUUCAUGCACUCAAUUCUGAGGAGUCACAAACAUAACUUACGUAGUUGUCUGCUGGACAGAACUGUUCAGUGUGCCUUCACUUUGCUAUGUUUGCAACUGCAGAACACUCAUUUUGUUAUGUGAUCAGGGAAGGUAAAGAAACUGAAAAUUCCCUUGUCGAACACCAACCUUGUAGAGCACCACUGUACUAUACUGGGUUCUUCUAGAAUUGGAAGCAAUCUCAAUUUCAGUAUGUUGAGCCAGUGAGGGUGACUACCCUUAUUCAUGGCUACAUAUGCAGAAUUUAAGGAAAAUGAUUGUAUUUGCUUUAUUUAUGAUUAUAAGGUAUAGGUCUGGUAUCAGUUUCAAAAGAGAUUAUGAAAGAUCUGAAAAGCUUCAAAGAAAGUACUUAGUCUGCAACAAUCUCAAAAAGGGAUAAAAAGUCAAAUUUGCUUAUUUGAAAAGUAAGAGAGAGCUUGAUGCUGACGUAGGAAGAAGAAUCUGUUCUGAAUCUCUUAUUGGGGUGUGUUUGUCACUAAGUGAACCCUCAGAGUAAAAGAAGUUGAUGGAAAUCUCACUGCUGUGAUUGCUUUACAGUAAUCACUGUUUUGCUGGUGCAUUACGAUCUUAGUAGGAGAUGUACUCAAUGUGAAGUAAUAUUUAAAAUACUGUGCUUUAGAGCUCAGAGAAUACUAUAGAUAUCUUCUUACAUUACUUCAGAUACUGAGAGCAGUGAGUGGUAUAGCAUUGAAUGAGCCUCCAGUCCACCUGCAGCACACCAAGUAGAUCUCAUCUGUAGAAUAGAUUCUUCCAUUGUGGCAGUUACAGCUGAUAGAGUAGUCUCUCUCACAUGCACUUGAAAAGCAAACAAACAACAACAAAAAAACCACUACACCUAUAUUAAUCAUUCCUACUGCCAGACAGAAGGGAUAUUUUAAUGAGAAUUUCUUUUAGUCAAAGUCAAGGCCUCACAGGUGUUAUGAAGCAAUAUGAGUGGGAGCUGCCUCUAUCACAACCUGCUGCUGAGUUGGAACCAAGGACAAGGAUUUUGCUCAGCACAAUACUGGCCUGAGGGCUUGCUGGAUGGACGAGCACAGCUCAGAUCUGUUCCUGCUCCAGUCAACUGUUACGUGAAUCAGUGCUUCCUUAGUGUACAGUGGUCUUCCAGUCAGGAUCUCUACAGUAGCAAAGAAGAGUAAUGUCAGUAUGUAUGCCUGCUGCUAUGCCUUGAUGACUGUGUGUGUGUUUUUUUUUUUUCCUUGAAGAUAAGAGACUCUGAUGCAUGAAAUAUGAGCAGAUGGCCCUAAAGGAUGCAUAGUUUGUAAAUGCAAGUUCCAAUGUGAUAUAAUGCUGAAGAAGGAUUCUCUGAGCCAUUGUUCUGAAUGACGCAUUUGAAUGAACUGACAGUGGGAUUUGGAUGUUGUAUAAACGUUGUAUAAACAAAGCAAGCAAUCUGAUGCAAGAAUGAGAGAAAAACAGGUGUCAUACAAUCAAGCUGAAAUAUUAAACAUGGAAAAAGAUGCAGUGAGUCAGUUGUCAGGAAAUCUGCAGGGAAUGCAGUAGUUGGGUAUAGCUGUGUUGUAAAACAAGCUGCUACUGAAAAAGGUUUCAAAAUAACAUAGGGCAGGUGAGAGUUAUUAGUGAAUCCUCAUUAGAGGAGAAGGACAGUGAGAUCUUGUGCAUUGCCAAGUAAGCAAAACGAAAAGCUAAACCAGAAAACUUGAAGGAAUCAUUAUGUAACGUGCCAGUGUCAUUGUGUUUUGGAAACUGUGAUGAACAAGUACAAAGAACU